AUGAACAGCACUUUGAAUGAAUUUGAAAACCUUUCAGCAUUUCCAUCCGAUGGGAAAACGGUAUCCCCAAAGGAUUAUGCCAAUAAUGAUAAGCUAAAAUUGAGUGGUCGGAUCAUUAAUGUGAUGACACUGUUACCAACACAAAUAGUUAAGAAGGCAGAUAAAUCUGGAAAUGAAAAUUGGGACGUAGAGCCUGUGAGAGGAAAUUCUGCCCUUUAUUCGUCCCAAUUCUUUUUGGCACAGCAGACGGAUUGGGAGAGUCAUUUAGUUGCAUGGACCGGAGAAUUAAUAAACAAGGCAUCGAAUUCUAAGAGUAUUACAAGUGAAAAUAUAAAGGAGGAUCCAUUAUAUUUGAAUAACGAGGAUAAAGCGUCGUUGGAAGGAAAAAUCAGGGACGCUAAUGAAUCUGCCCAUAUACAUCCGGUCUGGUUACUAAGGAGAGAUCAAGAAAGAUGGAGGAAUUAUGCGGAAAAUGUUUUAUGGCCUGUUUUUCACUAUAUUCAAGGUGAACCAUCAGAUGGUAAGGACGAAGCCAAUUCGUGGCAUGAUUACGUCAAAUUUAAUGAAGCUUACUGCCAAAAGAUUAAGUCGAUUUACAAGCCAGGUGAUGUUAUCUGGAUCCAUGAUUACUACUUGUUAUUACUUCCACAGUUAUUAAGAAUGGAAAUUCCUAAUGCUAUAAUUGGUUUGUUUAUGCAUGCUCCCUUUCCUUCAUCAGAAUAUUUUAGAUGUCUUUCAAAAAGAUCACAUUUGUUAGAUGGUAUGUUGGGAGCCGAUAAGAUUGCAUUUCAAUCCGAAGCAUUCCAAAGACAUUUUUCAUCUUGUUGCACAAGAUUAUUGGGAUGUGAAAUUUCUAAAGAUAAGCUUAUGGCAUAUGGUUCGGCUAUAUCCUUAGAAACCUUGCCUAUUGGUAUUGAUACCAAAAAGAUUGAAUACGAUGCAUUUUCUUCUGAAUCAGGUAUUGAACAGAAAGUUCGUGCAUUAGGGGAAAUCUAUGCUGAUAAGAAAAUCAUUGUGGGUAGAGAUCGAUUAGAUACGGUUAGAGGUGUGGUACAAAAAUUGCAGGCAUUUGAAAUGUUCUUGCAAAUGUAUCCCGAAUGGAGAGAUAAAGUUGUAUUAAUUCAAGUUUCAAGUCCUGGAUAUUCUCAUUCAGCGAAGGUUGAGCAAAAGGUCACAGAAUUAGUUCAGCAUAUCAAUAAUGAAUAUGGUAAUUUAAACUCUACGCCAGUUUUGCAUUAUCAAAAGAGAAUCAACAAGGAUGAAUAUUUGGCUUUAUUGAGGGUCGCUGACUUAGCUCUUAUUACUUCAGUUAGAGAUGGUAUGAAUACAACUUCUUUGGAAUUUGUGAUCUGCCAGAAGGAAAAUUAUUCUCCAUUGAUUUUGUCAGAAUUUACGGGUACUGCUUCUGUUUUGAGUGAAGCCAUUUUGGUUAAUCCAUGGGAUUCAGUUGGAAUUGCGAAAACGAUGAACGAUUGCUUCUACAUGUCUAAAGAUAAGAAGAGGGCUUUAGAAGAAAGAUUGUAUAAGCAGGUUACGGCAAACACAAUUCAAAACUGGACUUCGGAUUUUAUAACUCAUUUAAUCGAUCAUGUUAACAAUACGCAUCAAACUCAUUACACCCCUGCUUUAAAUAGACCAUUGUUAUUGAAUAAUUAUAAGAACUCUCAAAGAAGAUUGUUCUUAUUUGACUACGAUGGGACUUUGACACCAAUUGUCAAAGAUCCAGCGGCUGCUAUUCCUUCAUCCAGAUUGAAUGUUGUAUUAGAUAUUUUAUCAUCCGAUCCUAAAAACCAAGUUUGGGUUAUUUCAGGUAGAGAUCAAGCAUUCUUAGAUAAAUGGUUAGGAUCUAAGAAUAUUGGUUUGUCUGCAGAACAUGGCUGUUUCCUUAAGGAUAUUGGCUCUAAGGAAUGGGCUAAUUUGGCUGCAUCUUUCGAUAUGUCAUGGCAGGCUAAGGUUGACGAAGUGUUCAAGGAAUAUACCGAGAAGACACCUGGUUCAAAUAUCGAACGCAAAAAGGUUGCCUUGACUUGGCAUUACCGUAGAUCAGAUCCAGAGCUAGGAAAAUACCAAGCCGAAAAAUGCUUAAAAUUCUUAAAGGAGACAGUUGGUACUGAAUAUGAUGUUGAAGUUAUGCCAGGUAAGGCAAAUAUUGAAGUUAGACCUAAUUUUGUUAACAAGGGUGAAAUUGUUAAGAGGUUAGUUCUUAAUCCUCAUGGUGCUAAGCAAUUGCCUCAUGUGGUAACGAGCUACAAUAAAGAUGUUCCAACUGAUGAAUUACCUGACUUUAUUUUAUGUCUUGGGGACGAUGUUACUGAUGAAGAUAUGUUUAAGUCUUUGAAAGAUAUUGAAGCAGAGUGGAGCCUGAAUAAUCACCCAAAGAAUCAAUACGGAUCCCAUGGAGUUUAUCCUGUUGCAGUAGGGCCUGCCUCGAAGCAAACUAUUGCUACCUCACACUUAACAGAACCAUCUGAAGUGUUAGAAACCUUGGGUUUAUUGUCGGGUGUAGUUUCAUUAUUUGAAAGUGCAGGUUCAGUCCCUCUAGACGAUAGAGGUCACCUUGAAAAUAGCGUUUCCUCAAAUAAAUCAAAAUAUGCUAUCAAAGAAGCAACCCUUAAGAAAGAAACGUCAAGAAAUCUGUAA